AUGUACCUUCCGGUAAACGCUGUGAUUACGGCUACUGGCUUUCUUGCCGCCUCCAAUCUUGGUAUCUCGAACCCUGCGACGAACGACCUGUCUCUAUCGACCGCUUCCGCGGUUCUAGUGGCCUGUCAAGAUGACACAGAGCCGCCACCUCUUGUUACAUCAAUCCAAUUCAUUACAUCGAUAGCUUUCAUCACUUCCGAACCAACUCCCACACUUACUGCAACACCACCUAAACCCGACAUCUCGUCGGUGGCGACGGCGCCGCCUCCAAAUCCAUCGACUAUAGUAGGAACGCUGACCAGUAGCGAACAACCACCUACAAAGGCUAGUACUACUGCGCUGGCUCCUUCGACAUCCAGCACUACCCAGAGCACUUCCAGUCUAACAUUCGCCAGAACGUCAACAACCACAGCUACCACGACCCCGACCCAAACCUCACAUGCAGACAUAGACGCUGAUCCUUGGCUAAGCAGAGGCAAAAUCGCCGGUAUCGUUGUAGGCUCCGUCUUUGGCCUCGUCAUCCUCGGCCUCAUCAUCUACACACUAUUCGCUGCCUCCCGCGGCAUCAACGUAUGUGAUUGUUUCGGCGGCUGCUGUGGCAAACACGAUGACAAGGACGAAGAAAGUAGUCGGGAUCGCUUGCCUUCGCGGUCAGAAGACACGCAUCCGCAUCCUGAUGUUCUUAAGCCUGGUCCUGGAGGUGGUUAUAGGGCUUAUCGUCCUGCGCAUCCGGUUAACGAUCACCCAUCGCUUCCGCUUCCGCCGGUACUGCCACGGCAGGCUGAGACUCAGCAGAGACGCGCAGUGAGACUGCAGAAGGGAUAA